GACCAAUGAGAUCGCGCAUCGAUGAUGACGUGCGUCAAGGCGGAAGUGGUGUCAGGUUGGCGUGCGCGCUCAUGUGAGAGAUUCUGCGGGUUACUAGAGACGCUCCGCGGCACGCGCGCUUUAAUAUAAUCGCAUCAUAAACCGGAGGAUUCAUCGGCGACACAUUGAGGCUGUGACACGCGUCUGAUAAACGGAAACAUCUGCAAUGUCAUUUAUAUUUGACUGGAUCUACAGAGGGUUUAGUGGAGUGCUGCAGUUUUUAGGUUUGUAUAAGAAGUCUGGGAAGCUGGUUUUUCUCGGGCUGGACAAUGCUGGAAAAACGACUCUACUGCACAUGCUCAAAGACGACAGAUUAGGACAACAUGUGCCCACAUUACACCCCACGUCAGAGGAGCUGACCAUCGCAGGAAUGACGUUCACUACGUUCGAUCUGGGUGGUCAUGUACAAGCACGGCGAGUGUGGAGGAACUACCUGCCUGCCGUCAACGCCGUGGUCUUCCUUGUGGAUUGUGCCGAUCACGAGCGUCUCGCAGAAUCUAAGGUGGAACUUGACGCUCUGCUGUCGGACGAGACAAUCUCCAGCGUGCCGGUGCUGGUGUUGGGUAAUAAGAUCGACCGACCCGAGGCCGUGAGUGAAAUGAGACUACGAGAGGUUUUCGCUCUGGAAGGACAGACCACUGGGAAGGGCAGCGUGUCGCUGAAGGAGCUGAGCGUGCGGCCGCUGGAGGUUUUCAUGUGCAGUGUUUUGAAGAAGCAGGGCUACGGGGAAGGUUUCCGAUGGCUCUCGCAGUACAUCGACUGAUUUCAGACACCAUUACAUCCGUUCUGUCCUGAUCUUAGUCCUGCUCUGUGAUUAUCAGCAAUAAGAGGUGUUGAUUUGACCAUUUUAUUGUGUUUUAGUGGAUAUUACUGAUUGGUUUUGUCAUUUUAGUCUCAAUUCUGCAUGUUAAAGAUGGAGGGUGUCAUUUCUGCAGCUUACACACUGCAGCUUUAAAUGCAGAAGAACAUGCUGUCACUUUAUUAAAGCCUGCGAAUGUGGAUGCAAAGUGGAAUCAAGCCAUUCGUUUUUAAACGAUGAUCAAAGUACAAGCACAUGUGAUAUUUCAGUUCCUGCCGCUUUUGCUUAAGUUUUUAAACUUCGAGUCGCACUGAUACACUUGAGUGUUGUAGUAUUAUUUGGCGUACUCUCAUCUAUAGAUGUUGUAAAAAGCUGAUCUGUGGUUUGAGAUGUAUAGUAUGUUGUAAUAUAUUCUACUGUACAGUGUUUGUGUAGAUAAUGUUCAUAUAGUGUAUGUCAUCAGAUGCCGUUAGUGUUUGUUGAUCAUCAGAUGAAGGUCUGAUAGGAGAACGCCUAUGGCAGAGACACGUGAUAAUUUUUUUUGCAAAUUUGUAAAUAUUGUAUAAUGGAGUAUAAAUGUGUUUUUAUUGUUCAUAGCCUUGACUUGAGUGUACAGGAAUCCAUCCUAACAGACUGUAAACAUCUAUAAACUAUUAAUAUUUUGAA